AUGGCUGAAGCAGAGAAGACACUUUUGCAGGCACUAGCAGGAUUUGAGCAGAUAUACGGUUCUGAACACGCUGAGACACUAGGUGCAGUGUAUUACCUAGGCCGGUGCUACAUGAAUCAGGGAAAGAUGGCAAGUGCAGAGUCAAUGUUGCUGCAGGCGUUGACAGGAUUAGAGAAGGUAUGCGGUCUGGAGCAUGAAUCGACGCUGAUCACAGUUUGGUCGCUAGCUGGACUCUACGCUCGUCAAGAAAAAAUAGCAAAAGCACUAGAAAUGUACCAAGGGGCACUCGAGGGACAUGAAAAGCUAUUUGGCCCAGAGCACACUCGGACAUUGGAGGUAGUCUGCUAUCUUGGUUGGACUUACUGGAAGCAAGGGAAGCUAGUUGAAGCCGAGCAGAUGUAUCUGAGGACACUGGCAGGAUCCGAGAAGACGUUGGGCCCAGACCACGAACUCACAGUGGCCAUAGCAUCUGACCUAGAACGUCUCAAGAAUCAGAGGAAAGAUUGUGGUCCUGUUUCAAGCCUGUCCGAAAGCACGAACAGGACCUCAGCAAGCAAUAUCAAUGACGGAUAA